CAGACGCAGAGCAACCCCUCACCUUGAUCUGAAGAUCGAAAAAUAGGAGGGCUUACACUAAUCAGCACUUGAGACUCGAAGACAGCUAAAGUAUUGUUUCUUUGAACACGCUUUAAACAGAGACAUUAACGGCAGCAGCAGCGUUUAAUCAAUGUUUUUAUAAACCAAAAUCGGCAUCUCUGGAAAAUAAACUAAGUAGCAUUCAAAGCAAUUCGUAAAGAGCGCUGGGCUCUCCUCUCCGGAUGAACAGAAAUGGGGGAAUGGACCAUCCUAGAGAGGCUCUUGGAGGCUGCUGUCCAACAGCACUCCACUAUGAUAGGAAGGAUCCUGUUAACAGUGGUGGUAAUAUUCCGGAUCCUAAUUGUAGCUAUAGUUGGAGAGACAGUCUAUGACGAUGAACAAACCAUGUUUGUUUGCAACACUCUUCAACCGGGUUGUAACCAAGCAUGCUAUGAUAAAGCAUUUCCAAUAUCCCACAUAAGAUAUUGGGUAUUUCAGAUCAUUUUGGUAUGCACCCCAAGCCUUUGCUUUAUCACUUAUUCCGUGCACCAGUCUGCAAAACAAAAGGAACGAAGAUACUCCACUGUGUUUCUUACCUUGGACAGGGAACAGGAUUCGAUGAAAGACAGUAAGAAGAUUAAAAACACGAUAGUAAACGGAGUACUUCAGAACACAGAGAACUCCACCAAAGAAGCAGAACCCGAUUGCUUGGAAGUCAAAGAAAUCCCCAAUUUCGCCAUCAGAACUACAAAAUCUAAAAUGAAGCGACAGGAAGGUAUCUCGAGAUUUUAUAUUAUCCAAGUAGUUUUCAGAAACGCUUUGGAGAUUGGAUUCUUGGUUGGUCAAUAUUUCCUCUACGGAUUCAAUGUCCCCUCAGUGUAUGAGUGUGACCGAUACCCUUGUAUAAAAGAUGUAGAGUGCUAUGUCUCCAGACCCACAGAGAAGACCGUGUUUUUGGUUUUUAUGUUUGCAGUCAGUGGACUCUGUGUUGUUCUCAAUUUAGCAGAACUGAACCACUUGGGAUGGAGAAAGAUCAAAGUGGCAGUCAGAGGUGUUCAGGCCAGAAGAAAGUCAAUUUAUGAAAUUAGAAACAAAGACCUGCCCAGAACGAGUGUGCCUAAUUUUGGCAGAACUCAAUCAAGCGACUCUGCAUACGUGUAGCACUUUUGGAAAACAAACUACGCGAAUGACAAUGUAUGAAAUCAACCAUUUGUACAAUGAAGAUAACAGUAUGUACUUUUAAAUCUGCCCUUAACCUUUAAAGAAUUGGACGAAGGUUUUUUUUGUUUGUUUGUUUGUUUUUUGUCAGUUGCUGACUGCAAAAAACAAAUGCAUGUUAACAUUUUGCAAUGGUGCAACUUUUUAAUACAAUUUUUACUUAAAUCGCAAUGUAGAAAGCAUAUCAUGUUUUCACAAAUGUAAUCUUUUUAUACAGGGAGCAUUUAUAGAGUACAUUGCACCAAGUACUGUGGGCAACAUCUGGAGACAACACGUACCUUGACAUGUGCACUGAAUCGAAGAGUUUAAUCUCAACGGCACGAUUACAAAUACCUGGGACUGAUUCAUACAUAGGGUUUUGAUUUUUUUUUUUUUUUUCUGAUUAUAGCUAGGCUAUAUAAAAUACUGUAGCGCUCUAAUGUCCGUUUGUUGCCUGUCUUCGCACCAUCGACCUUAAUGUAUGUACAAUAAUCAUUCCAUUGCUAGAUUAACUGAAAAACAAUGUCAGCUGGAUUUGUUGCAAACGCUAAAGCCUGUGAUUUCUUUAAUUUACUAUAUAAACCAAAGCGUCCAUUGCUUCCAUCUGUGAAUAAGCAUUGUCUUGCUUUUUUGUAUUCCAGUGCCCUGCUUGUACAUAAAUAUACGUAUAUAAAGAUAAAACUAUUAUAUUAUUAUUCAUCUAAAAAAAAAAUAAAAAAAAAAUAAAGAUAAAA